AUGGACACCGCAGGAUCCGUCGUGUCAAAUGUGACGAGGCACGGCCCUCGCACAUCAACCGGCCGCACCUGUGACGGCUACGAAGAAGCAGCUGCAGCAGAACAGGUACUGCAGCAGCAGCCACCGAUCCAGACUGUCAGUGCCGGAUACCGCAACUCCCAAGAAGCGCGAUCUAUCCAGUUCUUUAUCGAGCGCACCCUAUCUCAACUUACUUCCUUCUUCCCCGAUGAGUUCUGGGGGAUUAGUGUAUUGCAGGUUGCUCAGUACGAGCCCAGCAUUUCCCAUGCACUGGUUUCGUUUUCGGCAUAUCACGAGGCCUUUACAAAUGGCAAUACUGGGGAUAAGAGUCCAUUUGCAUUAAAACAUUACAACCUAUCCAUCAAGGAGCUACAUGCCUCUCAAAGCUCGCUGUCACAUGUCCACUUAAUCCUGCAGGGACAUACCGAAACCGCAAUUCGAUUAUUCAAGCAUGGCCAUCGUAUGAUGAGCCAGUUCCGUCAAGCUACAGGUCUAAACGGCAUCCUUAAUCAUGUGCAAACCCUCUUUAACCGGCUUGCGCUGCAAGUGGCUAUACUUGUAGGCGACGUGAUGCCUCAACUUUCCCUAAAGUGUGCUUCAGGCUCCCAGUUUAUGAUGGCCAACACAAACUACACAUUUAGCUCUCUACUGGAAGCCAGGGAAGCUCUUAAUGCCAUUUUGGCAUUACGAUUGAUAGAAGCAGUAGCGAAUUCUGUGAUUGUCGCUGAAUUUUCUCAGUGGUCCCAAGCAUUCGACAAAUUCGUCACCUCCCGCGGCGGACUACCAUUCUCGCCCAGCGAGCAGAGGUCAUUUGCGCUCAUCGACUUACACCGCCGGUACUUCAACAUGGUCCUGCCUUGGGAAAAUAUAGACAACCACCAAGGUUUUCUCGGCCUUGACAACUACACCCGUGACUUCGAAGAGCUAGUAGACUGUGCCAGCCGUGUUCUGGGUCUCGAAGCAACAGACACCGUGUCGCAAGCAGCCCCUUUGUUCCACCUUGAAAUUGGAGUUGUACCUGUUUUGUUUGUCAUAGUCGCAUGGUGUCGCGAUCCUGGGAUUCGUCGGAGGGCAAUAUCUUUGUUGAUGUCCAGGCAGGCUCAAGAGGGCGUUUGGAGCAGCCAUUUGACUGGACGAGUUGCACGGAGAAUUAUGGAGGCAGAGGAGGAAAAGUUAGAUGUGCGCAGCAGCAGAGAUGUUCCUGGUCCACGGAGGGUGAGAAGCGUAUAUGUAUCGCUGGGCCCUGGGGAGAGACAAGCAAUGAUACGAUAUGAACAACAGGAUAGAGAGUGGGAGGAAGCCAUUGGAUGGUAG